GAAGUGCCACGUGUCCCUAUUGCGCCUGCGCGGCUCCCGGCUGACAGCCACUUCCGGCCGGGGCCUCUUCUCGUUAGGCUGCCGCCUUUCAGCCGGGUGUUCUCGGCUUCUCCGGUCUGACUCCCAAGCCUCAGCUCGCAGGCCAAGCCGUGGCCGCUGGCGGGCUGGGAAGAAUGCCGUGCUGUACCUAAACACUUGAUGCACCGCCCUUUCUCCUCCUCGCUACAGUCGAGUCGUUAGCGCCUUCCCUCCGCUUCCAGAAGUGGUCUUUCACCUCUUUGGUUUGGCGCUGUCGCAGACCCCGACCAGCCCCUUCCAACCCCGAUACGCACCGUCGUCAUGUCCCAGCCGGGGAUACCGAUCUCCGGCGGCGCCCCAGCCGGCCUCCAGGCCCAGAACGGGGCCGCCUCGGCCUCGGGGUCUCUUUACACCAACGGUCCUGUCCAAAAUACACUGAUGUCUUCACAAGUAUCAGUGAGCCAAGGAUAUAAUUCUCAGCUUCCAGGAUCCUACCCUCAUCUAAUACCAGCAAAGACUCUGAAUCCCGUCUCUGGACAGUCUAACUAUGGUGGUUCUCAGACUGUUUCUCCCUUAAGUAAUUAUCAGGGACCUGGGCAGACUCUUUAUAGACCACUUGUGGCUUCUAAUCCAGUGACAACUUCACUCCACAGUGGUUCUGUUCCCCGAAUGCCACUACCUACUUCUCAGAAUGCAGCUGCUACAUCAAUGCCUUCUGGUAGCUUUCUUCCUGGAGCCAGUGUACAACCACCUUCAAAUUGGCAAUAUAACUAUCCAUCCACAGGAUCCCAGACAGACCAUUGUCCUCGUGCAUCAUCCCAAUCUAUGUCUGGGAAUACAAAUUUGACAACUCAUCAAUAUGUUUCUUCUGGGGAUCCUUCACUUCAAAACAGCUUCAUAAAAUCAGGUUCUGCACCCCCCUUAGUGAAUCCACCUCUGCCUACCACUUUUCAACCAGGAGCUCCUCUUGGGCCCCCUCCAACUGGAGGACCACCUCCAUUGAGGGUGCUCACUCCUCAGAAAUCAUCACAUAGAGGUGUACCCCAGCCCUCAUUUAAUUCAGCUGUCAACCAAGAAGGUAUUACACCAAAUACCAAUAAUGGAUCUAUGGUGGUUCACAAUAGUUAUGAUGAAAUUGAAGGUGGUGGCUUUUCAGCAACACCACAGCAUACUAAUAAGAAUCCCACAAUGAACCGAAGUGUUGGGUAUUCAUAUCCCUCCUUACCACCUGGUUAUCAGAACACAGCACCACCUAGUACAACUGCAAUGCCACCUUCUUCCUUGAAUUACCCAAGUGGGCCACAGGGCUUUAAUCAGACUCCCUUAGGUGCUAAUCAUUUAACUACAAGCAUGAGUGGAUUAAGUCUCCAUCCAGAAGGGCUAAGAGUUAUCAAUCUUCUUCAAGAAAGAAACAUGCUUCCAUCAACACCUUUGCAGCCUCCUGUUCCAAAUUUGCAUGAAGAUAUCCAGAAACUCAAUUGUAACCCAGAGUUAUUUCGAUGCACGCUGACUAGCAUUCCUCAGACUCAGGCCUUAUUGAAUAAAGCCAAACUUCCUUUGGGACUGCUGCUUCAUCCUUUCAAAGACCUAGUGCAAUUGCCUGUGGUUACCUCCAGUACAAUUGUGAGAUGCCGCUCGUGCAGGACGUACAUCAACCCUUUUGUCAGCUUUCUUGAUCAAAGGAGAUGGAAGUGUAACUUAUGUUACCGAGUCAAUGAUGUUCCUGAAGAAUUCAUGUACAACCCUUUGACCAGAGUCUAUGGAGAACCUCACAGAAGACCUGAAGUUCAGAAUGCUACUAUUGAGUUUAUGGCUCCUUCAGAAUACAUGUUACGACCACCUCAACCUCCAGUGUAUCUCUUUGUGUUUGAUGUAUCUCACAAUGCCGUUGAAACUGGAUACUUGAAUACAGUUUGCCAGAGUUUGUUAGACAAUCUGGAUUUGCUUCCUGGCAAUACUAGGACAAAAAUUGGCUUCAUUACGUUUGAUAGUACAAUCCACUUCUACAGUCUUCAAGAAGGUCUCUCUCAACCUCAGAUGCUAAUAGUUUCAGAUAUUGAAGAUGUUUUUAUACCUAUGCCAGAGAACUUAUUAGUAAAUUUAAAUGAAAGUAAAGAGCUUGUUCAAGAUUUACUGAAAACUUUGCCACAAAUGUUCACCAAGACCCUGGAAACGCAGAGUGCCUUGGGUCCUGCACUUCAGGCUGCCUUUAAGCUGAUGUCCCCAACUGGUGGUCGAAUGUCUGUCUUUCAAACACAACUUCCUACUCUUGGAGUGGGAGCCCUGAGACCGCGAGAGGAGCCCAACCAAAGGUCUUCUGCUAAGGAAAUUCACUUGACACCAUCCACUGACUUCUAUAAGAAAUUAGCCUUGGAUUGUUCUGGUCAGCAGGUAGCCGUUGACUUAUUCCUUCUUAGUGGACAGUAUUCUGAUUUGGCUUCUCUGGGUUGUAUUUCUCGGUAUUCAGCAGGUAGUGUCUAUUACUAUCCCUCUUACCACCAUCAGCAGAACCCAGUACAAGUACAGAAAUUACAGAAGGAACUACAGAGAUACCUCACUCGAAAGAUUGGCUUUGAGGCAGUCAUGAGGAUUCGGUGCACGAAAGGUCUUUCCAUUCAUACCUUCCAUGGGAACUUCUUUGUUCGGUCAACAGACUUACUGUCUUUGCCUAAUGUAAACCCAGAUGCUGGGUAUGCAGUACAGAUGUCAGUGGAAGAGAGUCUUACUGACACUCAGUUGGUUUCCUUUCAGUCUGCACUCUUGUAUACAUCCAGCAAAGGUGAAAGAAGAAUUCGUGUUCAUACUUUGUGUUUGCCUGUAGUUUCAACUCUGAAUGAAGUGUUUCUUGGAGCUGAUGUUCAAGCAAUUGCAGGGUUAUUGGCCAAUAUGGCUGUUGACAGGUCUGUGACUGCCAGUCUGAGUGAUGCUCGGGAUGCCCUAGUGAAUGCCGUCAUAGACUCUCUUUCAGCUUAUCGUUCUUCAGUCCUAAGUAACCAGCAGCCUGGACUCAUGGUUCCUUUUUCUUUGCGGCUUUUCCCACUCUUUGUGUUGGCUCUCCUUAAACAGAAAUCGUUUCAGACUGGGACAAACGCACGUCUAGAUGAACGCAUUUUUGCCAUGUGUCAAGUGAAAAAUCAGCCAUUGGUCUACCUUAUGCUCACAACUCAUCCCAGUUUGUAUAGAGUUGACAAUCUUUCAGAUGAGGGAGCACUCAACAUCAAUGAUCGCACCAUACCUCAGCCGCCUAUUCUUCAGCUUUCCGUGGAGAAGCUGAGCAGGGAUGGAGCUUUCCUCAUGGAUGCAGGCUCUGUAUUGAUGCUUUGGGUUGGAAAAAAUUGUGGACAAAAUUUUCUCAGCCGAGUUCUAGGAGUUCAAAACUAUGCAUUAAUUCCACCAACUAUGACAGACCUUCCGGAGCUUGAUACACCAGAAUCUGCCAGAAUAAUAGCAUUCAUCUCUUGGCUUAGAGAGCAGAGACCAUUUUUCCCCAUACUUUAUGUGAUAAGGGAUGAGAGUCCAAUGAAAGCAAACUUCCUUCAAAACAUGGUAGAAGACAGAACAGAAUCUGCAUUAUCAUAUUAUGAAUUCCUCUUGCAUAUACAACAACAAGUAAAUAAAUGAACAAAUGAAGAUAUUUGACUUAUUUUUAAGGAAAUUCAUGAUAAUGCCAAACACCUGAGAAUGUGUAAUACCUUCCUUUUCUAUUAGGUUUGUGGACUAAUGUGAUGAUUAUAUGUUCUCACUGUGAUUUCAACCAACUAUAGCAAAAUAAAGGACCACAGCAGAGAAUCAAACAUGCAACUCUGACAUACUGUAUUUUUCAAAUCAAAAUAUAUCUACGUAUAUUUGAUUGGAUACUUUUUUCCUUUGCUGCCAAUAAUGUUUGAGUUGUUGUGGAUUGAAAUAAGAUGAGACAAUAUUGCAGAGGUAAAGUAAAUUUUGUAAAAUAAAGACUUCUGUGUUUCAAAUACAUUUUUCUCAUUUUUUCCUGAAAUUUUGGCUGCUACAUUUAAAAUUUCACAAGACUAAGUGUUGCAGGGACAUUAUAAAUCCAUUGAUAAUGAUCUUUUUAACAUCAAAAAAAUUUUUCAGAAGUAAAUACUACAUAGAACUAGAACCCAUCCCCACACCUGUUUUGUUUUGUUUUUUUUUAAAGGAAGAAAAAGGAUCAUCAUGUUAAGUAAAACUAGAGUGAACUAACUCCAGUCUAGUUUGAGAAAAAAAUAUGAAAUAAUACAGUCAGGCUUUAAAAUCUGUCAGUAUUCUCUAUGCUUGAAGAACAAAGUCACUUUGAGGUGAAAUCUAUAAUUAAGUGGUUUUCCGAUUUGACUGCAGAAGACUUGGGUGGACACACUAUCCUAUUCUGCAGUGAAAAGAAUCAGCUGUCUUCAUAAAUACACUGAAACUGACAAUGAUAAUAGGGAGAUGAGAAACUUUGGUUGUCUUGAUCCUUUAAGUAGGCUUUGUUUGGUACAUUUCUGCUCUGAUGUAUAAUAGAAGUGUUAUAUUGGUGAAAUGAUGAAUUAAAAGAAAUUAAAGGUUUUUAAAAAUUCUGUCUCAAAUGCUUAAGUAACAUUUUUCUAAGGAGUUUAAUUAAAUUGGAAGCCGCUCGUAAGAUAUUUAUUCUUGGAUAUUAAAACUUAUUAAAAGCAUGAAUGCUGCUGUUUGAUUUGGUGGAUAUUAAGAUUACACAAAUUCACUACAUUGAAGUUAUGGUAGAAACUUGAUUUCUCAACAUGCUCAAGAGACUGCUUUUUUGAUUGAGCCAGAGAAAUAUUAUAGUCAAAACCAUUAAGUGAAUUUUGUUUACAAAUAGGUAAAUUAUACAUUUGUAUAUUUAAAGUGCUGUGAUAGGAUGUCUUUAAAAGAUUUGGCCCAUUUUUCACUGAUUCACCUUGUCUUGUAUGAACCUCUUAAAGUAAAAGUUCUUCAUGUGUAAUACUUGAUGAAAAGAUUUUUGUUUCUUUGUUUUAAUGGGUUAGAAAAAUGUGUUUACAAUCUUGGUCUCAUGAUCACCAAUGAAAUAGUAACUUUCAGGUUUACAUCAGUAUGAGCUGACUUUAACUCAGUUAAAGGGAUAGGGAAGAAGCAGGUCCCCAUUAGAGUAUAUACUACGGCUUGCCUGCUGGAUCAGAGUAAUUGGGUUUUAUAAAAAUAUCCUCUCCCUUAAGCAGUAUUAAGGUUUAUCUUCAAUAUGCAAGUGGUACAUUGAACUGGAAAUUUUCUUAAAAACUGCUUCAUGUAUUAGGAAGCAAGUGUCAUGUUGUAGCAAAUUAUGAUAAAUUUAUAUUUUCCCCUCUUUUCAAGAAACAGAGUCAUCCUUGUGCACUGAUGUUUCUUAAAAUAACUAAAAUUCUCUUCUUAAUGUGAAUUGUAAAUGUUGAUAUUUGUAGGUCCUUUCUUAAGAGUAGUGAAGAAUCUUCCAGAGGGAAAAGUUUGUGCUUCUAGGGACAGUAAUCUUCCUUGUGCCUCACUUCAUCCCUAAGUGGGUAUGACUUGUUAUUGCCACAUGCUUUGUUAGUAUAUUUCACAAAUUUACUUUUUAAAUUUUACUUUAAAAAUUAUUUUAGAUAGUGUGUAAUAUGUGCAAUCCAGAAUAAUUUUAUAAUAGGCAGGUCAUAAAAACAUAACUUUAGUUAAGAUUCACAAUAUUUGUUCUCUGGAUAAUGAGGGAAUGAAUGAGCCUUUUGGAGAUAUUGAUUUUAAGCAAUUAUUUUUUGCUGUACUGAAUGUGUUUGAUUUUUUUUUUUUUUUUUGGCAGUAGAGCAGUACCUGCUAUCUCAUCUUGUAUUACUUUUUGAUGUAAAGCAACUAAUAUUUACACUAUGCCAUAUUUUUUUUAUUGUAGUUGUAAAUUAUGAAAGAUCCUUGAAUUUUCUACAGAUCUACAACUACUAAAGUAACAGACAAGGGCAAUCUUGGUAUUUAAAUCUGAGCAUGGCAAUUCUACCACAAAAAGUACUCUAUUUUUCUAAUUUCUAGGAUUUUUAAAAUAACAUUUCUGUACAUGACAUACUAAUAUUCGCUCAAGCUGUACCAUUUUAGUUUGCAUAUAUUUCAUUGUUUUAAUUUAAUGUAAUGUAUUGAGUCUAACAGACUGUUUUACAAUAAUUAGAAUUAAAGAUUUAUUUCUUCUAAUUAAAGAUGCAUAACAGCUAUUAUCUAGGGGACCAUCAAAUGUGAUUUCAAGAUUUUGUUAACUAUUUCAAAUAAAAUCCUUCUAUAGAAAUUUUAAUUUUGUAAAGUAGUGUAUAAUAUUGUAACAUUAAAUUCUUGUUCUCAAAUUCACAUAUGUAUUGAUCUUCAAUGUGCUGUGUUAAAUCUUGCAUCUCUUAAAUAUUAGAGACAAGAUUUGUCUUCCUUUUUACAGUUUGUAAUUUUCACUGUUUUAUUCCUGUAAAAAAAAAAAGUCAUUUGUAACCCAUGCAAAUAAUCAUUUGAAAUGUGCUAACUUAUCAAUUUGGCUAUUCAAUAAAGUUAUUGAAAAAGCUUAUAUAUAGUGACUCGUCAUUUAAAGGGAUAUGGAUAACUUGCCAGUUACUGAAUUGUGUUAUGUUGUACCCCCAAGUCAUUGGAAGGCUAUGGCUGAAAGUGGUUUGAAUCUAAUCUGGUGUUACAGUGGUCAUAAGCCAGGGGCAGCCAACAGGUGUCUCAGUUGGUUAAGUGACCAACCUCAGCUCAGGUCGUGAGAGCCUGGAGCCUGUUUCCAAUUCUGUGUCCCACUCUAUUUCUGCCCCUCCCCUGCUUGCUCUGUCUCUGUCUCUCUCAAAAAUAAAUAAAAACU